GUAGCUAUCUCUGCGCGCGAUGUCGAAUACCAUUGCUUUAUACCCACUCUCGAACUUUACCUUCAGCACAAAAGAGGCGCAGCCUGAGGAGGACCCAUCCGUUUCCGCGCGUCUGCAGCGCCUGCAGAAUAACUAUGAGGACUUUGGGAUGCGGCGGACCGUCGAAGGCGUCCUGGUCGUGCACGACCACGGGCACCCGCACAUCCUGAUGCUCCAGAUUGCGAACGCGUUCUUCAAGCUUCCUGGCGACUACCUCAAGCCCGGCGAGGACGAAAUCGAGGGGCUCAAGAAACGGCUCGAUGACCGCUUGGCGCCGCCGCAGGACUCGCGCCAGUUCAACGCGAGCCACGGCGUUGACAAUGACUGGGAGAUCGGCGACUGCCUCGCGCAGUGGUGGAGGCCCAAUUUCGAGACGUUCAUGUACCCGUUCAUCCCCGCGCAUAUAACGAAGCCCAAGGAGUGUAAGAAGCUGUUCCUGGUCCAGAUGCCCGAACGAAAGGUUCUUGCCGUCCCGAAGAACAUGAAGCUCCUCGCCAUCCCACUCUUCGAGCUCUACGACAAUGCGGCUCGCUAUGGCCCACAGCUUUCUGCAAUCCCGCACCUCUUGUCUCGCUAUAACUUCAUCUACCAAUAGACCCAAAGAACGCUCUCCUUGUUGCUAUUCGGGCCCUCAUCCCUUACUCUACGGCCCUCUCGCAUCCGUCGCGAACACUUUUGUCCAUAAUUUGUUGUACCUUGCACGCUUUCUGUACCGAUGUUCUUA